CAUGGAUAAGUGGGUCCCUUUUUGAUUCCAUGAUCGUGCCACGUGUGCACUAGAAUAUCUUGCCGUCCACUUGUCCUAUAUUUGUGUUGCAUGUUCCUUUCUCGACUUGGUCCUAAGAACACAAGAAAACAUCUCUCUUCUCCCUUUCGUUCAUCUGAGACAAGAAAACGUGCCGCCAGCGCUCCGCUCACCUAUAAUUCUCCUCUCAUUCAUUUCUUCCUUUUGCUCUUCCCUCGUCAAUCUCUCACAGCACUUGAUACUCUCCAGAUGUCUUGUGCGGUUUCGCUUGAAACUUCAUUCUACCGAAAUAACUGAUUUUGAUGGCUUUGAAGUCUGUUGCUGUUUGGGGUUGCUCUCUUCCUCACUUGGGGAGGGGUGAUUCUGGUUCUAGGCGUUUUGGGCUAGCUUUGAAUUGGAGGAAAGAGACCGAUAAGUUCUGCAAAUGGAAAUGUGGUAGUGUUUUUGCGGGCUUGUCGGCGAUUACGCCUGUUGAAGAUGAGAGCCCGACGUUACCAGCGGUUGAGUUGCAGCAGUUGACUGAUCAGACGGAGAAUGGUUCUACAAAAUUAGUAAAGGAUUUGAGCUCUCUUCCAAGGCCAUUAUCUGUAUCUGACCUUUCUGCUUCCCCAAGUGAUGGUUCAAAGGUGCGCGUAGCAUAUCAGGGGGUCCCAGGUGCGUUCAGUGAGGCUGCUGCUCUCAAAGCAUACCCUCAAUGUGAGGCUGUUCCUUGCGAUCAGUUUGAAGCUGCAUUCAAGGCGGUUGAACUUUGGCUGGCUGAUAAAGCAGUUCUUCCCAUGGAGAACUCUCUAGGUGGAAGCAUUCAUCGUAAUUAUGACCUGCUCCUACAGCAUAGGCUGCACAUUGUGGGUGAGGUGCAAUUGGCUGUUAAGCACUGCCUUUUGGGACUGCCAGGUGUUAGAAAGGAGGACCUAAAACGUGUCUUAAGCCAUCCCCAGGCACUUUCUCAAUGUGAAAAUAACUUGAGCAAGUUGGGUGUUGUCAGAGAAAGUGUGGAUGAUACUGCAGGAGCUGCUCAGUUUGUAGCAGUAAAUGGCCUGAGAGAUACUGGAGCUGUUGCAAGUGCUCGAGCUGCAGAAAUUUAUGGGCUUAACAUUCUUGCAGAAGGAAUUCAGGCUGUUUCUAUUGUCAUAAUGUGGAUGCAGGAAAUUGGCUUGAUUGUUACUGCAUGGGAUCCUAUAAUUCCAAGAACUAACAGGCUAUUUAAGACUAGCAUUGUUUUCACCUUAGAAGAAGGCCCAGGAAUAUUAUUUAAAGCCUUGGCAGUUUUUGCUCUGAGGAAUAUCAACUUGACAAAGAUUGAAAGCCGACCACAGAGAAAACGUCCGUUGAGGGUGGUUGAUGACUCUAAUGAUGGGAGUGCGAAGUAUUUUGACUACCUUUUCUACAUUGAUUUUGAAGCUUCUAUGGCAGAUCCUCGUGCACAAAAUGCGUUGGGACAUCUUCAGGAGUUUGCAACAUUCCUCCGGGUCUUGGGUUCCUAUCCUAUGGAUACGUUUCUAUAGAUGUCCCUCAUUGGAUUCUGCCCUCCCAUAUCAUUUUAGUUUGGAAAACUUGCAAGAAAAAGCAUCAUAUCCUUUUGCUUCUUAUAUGUCAGACACUGGUCAAGCUAGCCAGUGGUGGACGAGAACUAGUUGGAUUUGAGAACUGAGUAGGAGCAAUUAUCCUACCACAGGAUCAACAUUUGUCUUUGUUCUGCAUUCUGAUGGAGUUAUGUUGCAAAGGCGAAUGAGCUCUAGUUGCCUAGUUGGUAUAGUGUUUAUGUCAUACUUUCGGUAGCUUAUGAAUUACCAAUAUCAAAAAGUUUGGUGGGUUGAUUGUGGAUCCUUUGGUCUACAGUGGUUGAUCUGUCUGACAUAUGCAGAAAAGUUUUAGUUGAUUAUUACACCAAAAGUUCAAAAGAUAUGUUGAUGGCUGAUCGGCAUCAUCAUUUAAUUUGGUACAGGUGGCUUACAAGCCAUUGGAUAUUUUCUGUAGUGUGAUGAUGAUUAAGGCCUUGGAUGCAGUUCCUAUUCUACCUUUGUAGGUGUCAACUUCCGUUGCAACUUGUGUCAUUUCUAUGCAGAUUUGGAGAAUUCAAAAGUUCAAGCUUAUUGGAGUGAUCCAUGCUUGUGGACGUUUGGUUUUUGAGUAGAACUUGUCUUGCAUAAACUAGCAUAAACUAUCUAUUAAAUCUUGCUCUUUUUGCCCA